AUGCAGAGUACUCUAUAUGCAGGGACCUAUUACUGGCUAGUUGAAUACCCAACCAUUAGCCAGUUCGAUAGGAAGCAUGGUCACACUUUAGGUUCCUCUCUAUUUUUCCCCAUAGUUUCAGUCUUUAUCUACUUGUCUCUCACUCUAUUAGCACUUCGCUUCUCCCUACACCUUCCCACACUCUCCCCCACCGCCCUCCACCGCAUCACUGCCGUACACAGCCUCAUCCUCUGCCUCCUUUCUCUCAUCAUGGUGGUCGGUUGUACCCUCUCCGUUGUUGACCAAAUGCCCCGCAACGACUGGAAGUGGCUCUUGUGCUUCCCGGCUAAUCAUACUUUUCCACGUGGACCCUUGUUCUUCUGGGCUAAAUUCUUCUACCUUUCAAAGAUCAUUGAAUUCAUAGACACAUUUCUGAUCAUCCUCAGUAUUUCUAGGUCACGAAGGCUCACGUUUCUCCACGUGUAUCACCAUGCUACAACUCCAGUUAUCUGUUAUCUCUCACUUUAUAAUGUGAAUUCGAUGAUCCAUUUCGGGGUAAUUACAAAUGCUUCGGUUCAUGUUAUAAUGUAUACUUAUUAUUUCUUUUGCACAAUGGGAAAGAGGCCAGGGUGGAAGAGGAUAGUAACAAACUGUCAGAUUUUCCAGUUCAUCCUUUACUUCAUGGGUGCAGUAGCAGUCAUGUAUUAUCACCUCACCACUGAGAUUGGGUGCUCUGGCGGCCGUGCUUUGUUCUUCAAUGUGACUUUUAAUACCUCACUUUUGCUUCUUUUUCUCAACUUUCAUUCCAAAAACUAUGCCAACAGCAUCAUCAAAGACUGUGAACAUAAACUGCUAAAUAGACAGAACUAA